GUCCUUACGCUCUCCCUCCCGGCUGGUACGGCCGUGUUGAAUGGCACGACUGACCCGAGGGCGCUCCUGAGAGGUAUAACCCUCGAUAUUGACAGGGCAGCCCUCGGGGCUGAUGAUGACCAAGCCCUCGAAGACAGGAUCCUCCGGUCUUCCCUCACGACUUGCAUUGCCCUUGGAGAGCAGUUCCGACGGCUGGAGGAAUGGCGCCUCCACAAAGCUGGGCAAGACGCCAAGAUGAAGGAGCUAAUCCUCAAGGACUCCAAGGCCACGAAGCUGAUGGCCCAACUUGAAGAGGACCUCCAGCUUGCGAGAGCGGAGGCCGGAAGGCUCAGGGAGGAGAAGGCAAAAGCUGAGGAGGCUGCUGCGGAGUCCGCAAGGAGAGCCGCCGAGGAGGCCGAGGCCAUCAGAGCGAAGGCUGUCGCCACAGCCCGGGAGGCCAUCUCCGGGUUCCUGGACGGGGGGUGGCUGUCCUCGGUUGUGGAGGCCUCAGUCGAUGAGUGGUGCGAGGGCCCGGGCGAGGAAUGGAUGGCCCGAAAGGGUAAACAAUAUUAUGAUGGGGGCGAGUUUUUCACUCAAGCCCUCAUCUACCGGAGGAUGGCUCGCCAUUUGAAGAUUGAGCCGAAGGACUUCGACCCGGCGGCAUACGGGCUUCCCCCCUGCAGCCAGACAUCCGCGUUCCUCUCCCCUCCGAUGUCGAGAGGCCAGACCUGGAAGAUACUGAGCUCCGGAAGGAAGCCGAGGGUGACGAACCUGAGGCGGAUGCAGAGGUCACUUCGAAGCCAUCGGAGGAGGCGGCCCCCGGAAAUGACGUUGUUUGAUGUGUAAUUUGUACUUAGCAAUUUGAUCACGCUUUGUAAUGGUCACAUUUGUAUGUUUUCGGCCUCGGCCAUCAUUGUAACAAUUACUUUUACUCUUUUUUGUGAUGAUUGGUGGAUGAAUGUUAGCCCUCGGGCCUCGUAUAUACAUGACUGGUUUUCUUUAAUUCAUUCCUCCUUGAAUGUAUGCCUUC